GUGAUAGCGAACCACAUCUCAACUCCACAUGUCCAAUACCAGCAAGUAACGCCACUCCCACCCGGAUACUAUCCGGAUGCAUGUCUCGGAGCCCACGCGGCGUUAUUCCCAGCACCUCCGAGGUGAAACCCGCGCUCGGAGAUACCAGGCCGGGAGAUCAGAUAAGGAAAUUGCCGAGCCCCUGGACAUCCCCCACCUUGCCCCGGGGCUAAUGCUUCUCCCGCCCAUAUAAGAGCUGGCUGGUCGCUCCGGUUGCGAAUUGAUCAUGUUCCUGGCCUUAGAACGAUUUCAAUUUCCGUGGGCCUUGAUUCUGAUCUGCGCCGUGAGCAUAGCACUCGUCAUAUCAUCCAUUGGACCUAGUAUACCGGAAGAUCGAAACGCACAGUCUACCAACAUGGCUGCCUCUUCGCUGAAGAAUGUCAUUGUGGUGGGUGGUUCGUAUGUGGGAAAGGCAGCAGCGCAAGAGCUUGCACGGGUCAUUCCCAACACACAUAGAGUCCUCUUGAUCGAACCCCACAGCCACUUCCACCAUCUGUUCGCAUUUCCCCGAUUUGCCGUUCUCUCUGGCCACGAACAGAAAGCCUUCAUCCCCUACACCCGCCUCUUUUCCUCCACACCCAACCCCACACAACACGCAGUCGUCCAAGCCCGCGUGCUAUCCGUACAACCGCAGCACGUGGACCUCGACCGUGCCUGGCAAGGACAGAAGCAGAUCCCAUUCGAAUACCUCGUCGUUGCAACGGGCACGCGCCUCGCCGAACCCGCAGCCAUGAAAGACGAGGACAAGCCUUCCUCCGUACUCUAUCUCCAGAAACACCAAGCAGACGUCAAAAAAGCCAAGUCCGUCGUGAUCGUGGGCGGUGGAGCCGUCGGCGUACAAAUGGCCACCGACAUGAAAGAGCUCUACCCGGAGAAGGAAAUCACUGUGGUGCAAUCGCGCAACCAACUCAUGCCCCAAUUCCACCACGGUCUCCACGAAAUAGUCAAGAAGCGCUUCGAAGAGCUCGGCAUCAACCUCAUAACCGGCACACGCAUCAUCGUCCCCGAAGACGGCUUCCCCAACAACGGCACCCCAUUCAACGUGCAACUCAACAACGGCACCUCCCUCACAACCGACUUCGUGAUCCUCGCCACCGGCCAAAAGCCCAACAACGACCUCAUCAAAGAUCUCCCCUCAUCUUCAUCCGACUCCCUCAUUAACCCCGAGAACGGGUUCAUUCGUAUCCGCCCCACCCUGCAAUUCCAAGACGCAAAGUACCCGAAUCUGUUUGCGUUGGGGGAUAUUGCUGAUACUGGGCUGCGCAAAGCCGCUCGACCGGGUGGCGGACAAGCCGCGGCUGUCGCGAAGAAUAUUCAGGCUUUGAUUGAGGGAAGCAAACCGGAGGAAGCUUUUCCGCCGUUUCCGAUGGCGAUUCAUAUUACUUUGGGAUUGAAAUACAACAUUGUGUUCCGGAACCCGAAUCCGAAGGAGGGACAGAAUGAGCCGGUGGUUAAGGAGUCAUGGGACUCGCAAGAAGAUAUGGGUAUUGAUAGGUGGUGGGAGCGGAUGGGAUUCCAGGAGAACGGCCCAUCGCAGUACCAUUUGUAAAGGAAUUGUUUGGUGAUACCAUUUUGAAUAUUUAGCUGGAAAGACUUGGAAAUAGACUUAUAUGAUUAUGCAUUGAUUGCUUGUUCAUAAGCUAGGUUGUAUCUUGGUUGAUUCAAUCGAGAUACGGAGUCUGAUAGAUGAAAUCUGAGAAAGCAAAUGAUU